GUACGGUCCGUUUACCCGGCUCUGACACUGCGUUUAACGGGCGUGUAAAGUGAAUACAAGUUAAUAAAAAUGUCACUUUUAUUAUGCUAUCAAAGCAUCAUAGGUAGCCUAGAUAGGCUAUGAUAUCUUGUUAAGAACAUUGUUUAGUUCAGCCAGAUUAAUCUAUUUCAACAGUUGAUUAAACUGUCGCAAUCUACAGAAGGAGGCAUUGAGACAAUAAUUGCCUUCGUUUUUCGCACGGUGCACCAUUCUGGCGACAAUGUAACAUUGUAACCGCUUCCACUGUAUCAUACGCAAUGUAACACUAUAAUUCUCCCUUGAUUAGGCCGGACAAAUGAUCCUUUAUUUGACUCUAUCAGUGUUAGUCAAUAUGGGUUUGUUUCACGACUAGUCAAUACAAGUAAUAAAUAGUAAGUGAUCCGAUCCAUUCAUUCAUAGACAUCCUGCCCCUGGGCAAAUAUUGAAUCUUGGCUCACCAUCAUGCCUACCUACAUUCCAACUAUUCAGCUAUUUUGUUCAGAUCAUUUAAAACCCAACAGGUUUUUAAUCUAAAUGUUGUCCAAAUCUAUUUGCAGUACUCAUAUGUUUGACAUUUUGUCACAGCUUGUGUUACAGGAAACUUUGAAAAAGCAGAGCUUUUUCCUCUUCACCAAGACAAUGUUUAACAAUACUGUCAUUCAGCUGAAAUGGUUGACAGAACACUGUGAACCUCCGGUAAAACUCAACAUCUCCUGGUGCCUAAGGAGCUCCCACUGCUUCGACGAGGUAUUCGGUCUCCACCCUCUGAAGGCAGGGAGCUACUUCAGAACGACAACUGUGAAGCAGGAAGGAUGCAGUGGGUUCCAUGUGUUUUAUCAGUACCCUGCCAUUGAGUGCAAACGGCACAUGACCCACAGUGAGCCUGUCACUGUCAAGGACAAAGAGAUGAGGAAAAGGAGCGCUGAGAAUCCAAAGGAGACAGUUGCUGUCAAAGCAGAGGCAGCUGUGGCCACAGGCAAAGCCCCAGCCCCCGCUGCAAAGAAACAAGUGACUCCCCAGCAUCACUUUUAUGCAAUGGCUCAGACCUGGGAGGAUGGCCUUACAUGUUCAUCAUCCCACAUCAAAGAGAUCAAGGAGAAGAGCAGCGCCACCACUGACUCUGUCCCACCACAGAACUGGGACAUCCAACAUAACGAGUGGAAGUCAGUAGGAACAGGAAACCAUGACUACAUCUGUUUCAGAAUGACUUAUGAUCUUCUACAUGGUGAUGUGUGUCAUCUAUGUGUUGCUGGGCCUGCGCUGUGGCCUUGGCUGUCAGCCUGCUACUGGAGAGAGCUGCUCGGGAUCCAGUUCUGGAUCGGCGGGGUUAUCUUCCUGGGCAUGCUGGGGAAGCCCGUGUACUAUGCCGAGUUCCAGAGCAUCCGCUAUGACGGCCUCUCCGGUCAGGAGGGGGAGAGACAAGAACCUUACAGAAAAGCCACUUGAUUUCACUUAUGAAAUUUCACUUGAAAUUCACGUGAUCACUUGAGAAACAUGUUUUUGUCUGUAAUUGGUCUUUUAAGGAAAUCAACAUGGGGUUUAAGUGGUCAUUUUUGGUGGACACCCCUAAACACACAUUUCAGCCAAUUUUGUUUUUCUACCGAAAUCUUCCUGGUGGGCAAGGUUGGAAUUGUGUAAAAUAUAGUUGCUCCUAGUGUGGUGCUAAAUGUGCUGUUGUACUCCCAUUUUAAUAAGCUUUAUUUGUGUGCUGUGUCCUCCAACAGUCCAGGGGGCAGUAGUGUUUGUGGAGAUCCUUUCAGCAGUGCGGACCCUGGCCCGUGUGCUCGUCAUCAUCGCUAGUCUUGGUUAUGGAAUUGUCAAUGGAGUCAGUCCCUUCAUAAGAGGUCACAUUGUUAAGACAGUGGAGAGUGUUAAACUCUAUUUCCAAUUCUGUCUCUCUCACUCUGUCUGUCUGUCGCUCUCUCCCUCUGCCUGCCUGCCUGCCUGCCUCUCUCUCUCUCUCUCUCUCUCUCUCUCUCUCUCUCUCUCUCUCUCUCUCUCUCUCUCUCUCUCUCUCUCUCUCUCUCUCUCUCUCUCUCUUUCUCUGUAGGCCAAGGCUCAGUGCAUUGAUACACAGGGUGGUUGGGGUGGGACUGCUCAUUUCAUUUUUAUUUUUACCUUAUAUUCUCCGUUGUCGAGGGAAUCCUGAGGGUCAAUUCGGGUAAGUCUGGUCUCUGUCCUCUCCUUUCUGAACAAUAUACUACCUCGGUUUUCCCCCCAAAUAUAUUGUCCACCUAACUAGACUAUUAAAACAUGUUGAUGCGUUUUUGAUACGGAACUAAACUAAACAAUGCCAUGAUGCUCUUUGUUGAAUAUCUUCAUCUUUGGCCAAAGGAUGCCAGGAAUCUUGUGUGUGUAGUAGUACCGUCAUUCCACUGUCAGUGUUUGCCUGUCUUUCUCACAGGGUCAGGGGGGCAGUAGCAGACUACUGUGUGACAUUAUUCUGGCGUUCACUGACUCGUGCGUUGUGUGGUGGAUAUCCUUUUGGAGUGGUCAGACAUUAGAGGCCAUCAGUCUGCCUGUCUGUCAGUCAGCGUGUUAAUCUAGUUGUCACUGUAUGCAGUUAGUCUGUCAGUAUUAAGACUUACUCAGCUUACUCAGAUCUCCUCAUCCCUUUUACCAGUGUCUCUCAUAACUUCUCCAACAAGUUUGAGUCCAACCCUCUUUGAGUGGCAGUUUGGUUCUACACGGGUCCUCUUGGUGUGUAUCUGUCUAUCUGCAUGGCUGCCUGAAGAGUAUGUGAUAAUGUCCCCUCGCUCCCUCUGUCGAUCCCUCCCUUUCACCUGCCCCUCUGUGCUUGUAUCCGUUCCCCUCUCUGUCCCUUUCAGGCUGAAGCUGAUCUGGUGCCGCUUGCUGCCAUUCCGUUGGCUGUGCUCGCCUCUACCCUCUGCUGGUGGAUAUUGUGUACUGUACUUCCCUUCACAUCUCACUUUCCCUCCCUCCCUCUCACCCCCCCACCCCUUCCCCCCUCCCCUCUGACUUCAUCUUCCAACGCUCUCACUUCCUGAAAUCCCUGUGUGCGACAGUGCCUUGGUGGUGGUUGGUGUUGGCACUUCUCCCUCUAUUUCUGCUUGCCUUUGUCUCAGAGAAGGGAAUAUUUCCAGAAAAUAUUCUCCGUAGACAUCAGCCAUAGUCACAUGGAUUAAUGACAUGUUUAAUUACAGGGCCACUUAUAGCAAGGCUAUCAAUAACUUUAUUUAGAAGAGCUCGUAGGCACUGCUGACUUUUGACAAAUGCAUUAUUUUAUUCUCACGGAUGGCCAUAUUCUUUUUCUCCUGCAGUUUGACAGUUAACCAAUUAGCCAGAAAACCAGUUAGUAUAGCGAUGACUAAAACCAUACCAGGUUUUCCAGCCAUGCUUAACCUGGCCAUGGGGGGCAGAGGGGAGCUCAACUCCUCCUGAGUGAUGAGAAAAUGGCUGAAAACCCUCAGACACUUACACCCUGAUUAGCUUGGGUUUACGUUCAGGUAUAUCAGCUCAGUUGACAAGGUAGGCAAACUCUUCGGUGUUGGUUAUGUUGAAAGUCAAUGGAAGAAGACUGGUAUUAUUGGGUUAACUGUUUCUGUUGAGAAUUGUAUUUCAAAGGUUGGCUGUUUGUUAUCUGGGUGUGUCCUGGGAUUAUGUUGGGAGUCCUUGACAGCCAAUCACAUCUUCAUCAGCUUGGCCCAGACCAUGAAGCUCCUUCGCCUCCGAAGAAACGUGGUCAAGCUCUCCUUGUAUCGCCACUUUACCAACACCCUCAUAUUCGCCGUUAUUGGCGAGGAGCUGUCUGCGGCUGUGCUACUGCAACCACUUAACAGAGACAUUUCAUACAUAGUGUACUAUACACCUUGUUGUGCCCAUGAUUACAAGCAUUCACUAAUCUAAUAUAUUUGGCCUGUCACUGUUCUACUCUGCAGCCUCAGUCAUUUUCAUUAUCUGGAUGAUGAAGACCUUCAAGGUUUCAAAGUGCCAGUCGGACUGGAGGGAGCUGUGGAUAGACUGCUUCCUGGCGGUUCCUCUUCUCCACCAUCCUUCUGGUCAUCAUGUUUCUGUGGAGGCCGUCUGCCAACAACCAGAGAUACGCCUUCAGCCCCCUAGUGGACGAGGAGCGUGACGACGAGGCAAAGGAACAGCUGAUGAAUGAUACAUUUGAGGGCGUGAAGACGAGGGGUCUGAAGUCCGAGACAAGUGGAACAGCCAAGCCGAACAAAGUGGAUGAGGAUCUGAAAUGGGUGGAAGAGAAUAUCCCAUCUUCAAUGGCAGAUGUGUAAGUGCGAACAAAUUGAAGUUGUGGAAACGUUAGAAACAUUAACCAUGAUUGACAGUGAUAAUAUAAUCACUUUGACUAAAAGUGUAUUACAGGGUGGUUAUUACAUAGUAAGAACAUUGAAACUCUCAACUUAAUUAAAUCAGUUUACAGUCUGUGAUGAUGUGUGAAACAAGCACAGAAAGGAUAGUUGAUUUUUUCUGACUAAGACAACCGUAAUCCAGUUCAGCUGUAAAUCAAGCCAACAUGUUUUCCUUUCUGUCCCAGUGCACUGCCCCCUCUACUGGACUGACGAGUUAAGACAAGGUGUUAUUCCUGGUGUGAACAGCAGGUGGUGCCAGCUCCAUGCUUAUUAAAGAGCAGUAGCUCGUCGGGUUUACAUCAGCUUGUUUAUCCCUCCCUGUUUUCUUGCUGGCUUGAACAAUGAGAGGGUGUGGAAGGGUGGUGUAUCUUUUUCAUUUAACCCCCCCCCCUCCCCCACAUCAAAUAAAGCCAUUAGGAUUGUCAAUGCAAGGGAUAUCUUUAAGAUAUAUUUUUUACUUCAAAAUGUGAAUAUACUUGUAUGGAAAGGGUCGUCGGUAGAUCAGAUCGCAUGUAUCUUUUCUAUUAAAGCUUUUGUGAAGAUCGAUUGACUUCAAUGUCCAUCUUUGUUUUUCAGUCCACCAUGUCGCCUUUGGAAAGUCAUUCCAACUAUGCUUUUAUUUACCCACAGGAGACCAUGACAACCAAUUUUGAGAUGUCUAAAAUGGAAUAGACCGAGGGAGACGAUGUGCACUGCAGACAGAGACCGUGCGUUGGACAACCCUAUGUCUGUAUAUGAAGGAUAUUAUCCCUUAUGAGCUUUGUAAGCAGUGGUUGUAAAUACGAUGGGAUAAACUAUGACGUAAUGAGCUCACUAUUUUAAUUUUAUUUUUGAAUGCCUGCUUAUUUAUAUUUUUGUGGAUAUCUGGUUUAUUUAUUUUUUAGAUUCUUUACUACAAAUUGUAUCUUGCCUUUCACUGUUUACAUAGGUAAAGUGCGGGAAUGUGAUUAAAUGUGUUUUUUUUUUGUCCAGUA